AUGGAAAUGUCAGACAUUCAUAGUAAGCAAGCAAGCCACAAUGAAAGAAAAGAUCAUGAUGAAGUUCUGAAAAGCUUGAACUUACAAUCGCUUGAACAGGCAAAACGGAUCAAACUACAUAAAAACUUGCUUAUUUACUAUGGAGAUAUACUUGAUGUGAAAGCGGAUGCCAUAGUCAAUACAGCGAACGAAGGAUUACUUGGAGGUGGUGGACUUGAUUAUAUGGUACAUAGGAUUGCUGGAGAAGAACUGAAACGCUUUUGUUCAGAACUGCCAGCCAAUGAUCAAGGUGUUCGAUGUCAUGCUGGAGAUUGUGUAAUUACGUCUGGAUUUAAAUCUAAUUAUAAAUAUAUAAUUCAUACUGUUGGACCAUAUUUAGACAAAUAAAUAAUCAGUUCAAAUAACUCUCAAUGCUUAGUGAAUAAUGAUAAAGAAUUAAAUGAACAAGUGGGUACAAAUAAAAGUGAUUUUAAACGAAGUAUUCGUUCACGAUUAACUGUUUUACAAGUUGUGAAUGCAACACAUGGACAAACAUUAUUUUCAUUUGAUUUUCUUCUUUUAACAAUAUCUGCAUCAAUUAUUGCUUCAAUAGGUUCAGUAGAAGAUAAUUGUGUGAAAGUUAAAAUUUUUAUUUUGAUAACGUCCAAUAUUAGAUUUUUUUUUCGUUUAUGUAUUAGUAAUUCAGCAUUAUGGAAAGUUGGUUUAAGAACAGAGACGAUUGAUUUAUUGAUUACAAGAUUUAUUGUUGGACUUUGUACAGCAUGGUCUGAAGUCAAAUGGGGUUUAUUAACAUCGUUUCCAGCACAUGCAAUGCGUUCGAAAUAUACAAGACAAAGAUGUUAUGUUUUUUUUUCUAAAUAA